AUGAAGCUAUCUCCAAUUCUUCUUUCUUUGCCAAUCUUUGGCAAUGUGGCUAUUGCCGCCCCGGCCGGAUACACUGUUGAAAGCCGAUAUGCGCCUGACCAAAGCCCCUCUGUCUCGGGUAUUGCUCUAGCGGACCUCGAAAAAAGGGCAGGCUUAUGCCAGAACAUUGCUAAGACAAUCUGGAGUGGCAAAAGAUUGCUAGCAGCUGGUCUGUUUGCUACUGGCGCCACCAAGGUUGCCAAAAGUAUAUGUCAAAGACAUGACAAUAAAGAAUGUGCUUUGUGGGUCGACGAUAUCAAAGAUGUGUUCGACUUGAUAUUCGCUCUUACGGCAGCCGUCUCUGGGGGAGUCGCAAAUCUUCCCGAGGGUACCCCGAGUCUCAAUCUCAAUCCAGUGGAUGCACCAGGCGCGGCAGACGUCAAGCGAUCGUUUGCCGGAAGCCAUAUGCUCACGAGCACUGGAGAUGCUCUUAGACAGCACGGCUGGACUCUCGACUCUAUCGAGGAUAUCCCCAUUUCAAAAGGCAGCAACCAGGCACGGGAUGAUAUCCCAGCCUUGAUCGCUCAUCACCGCCUCAAAAAUAUGAGAAAUGUGAACGGUACCAAGGCUCACGAUUACGAGCUCCACCACUUCGCUGAUGGAUCUUCGCAUACUUUUGUCCCAUUCACAAGCGGCAACGCGACGUUGACCAAGAGACAUGAUGGUGCGGGUGUCAAAGUUGUCUUCGCUCGUACUGGUGUUGCCGUCAGCAAGGACGAGUACGCAGGUGCUCCCGCAGCCAUUGCAUCUGCAUGGGAUGAGCACGCCGAGGCUGGUAGCAGUGACUGGUAUGGUAUGGCCGAGCGAUCUAUGGCAAAUGGAGCGCAGAAGGCCGUAAUUUAUUGGCGUACCAUCCUCGAGGCCGAUGGAUAUGGUGAGAACUAUGAGCGUCUCGAUGGCUGCGGCAAAAUGGGAGGUUAUGUUGGACAGUACUUGGUGGGGGAAAAGUCUUGGGGCAUUCACUUUGGGCAAACGCAAACGGGUUUCCAGAGUGACCUUCCUAAGUACAGCUCAUCGGAUGACCUUCCGAACACUGUUUGCUAUCGGGACAUCGAGCUCUUCUACCUGAGAGAUCCUAAAAGCAAACGGGAAGUUCUGUGUGCUAUUAUCGAGUUUUGCAAUCUCAAAGGUCGGCCAGAAGGUGCCGAUGGGUAA